AUGAGCUACACCACGCCCCAAACAACCACAAUCCAAAACUCUCGGUUGAGACUUCUCAACAAAAUCAAAGCCAAUGAGUUCCCUCUCCUCACAUUCAUGGCCAUCCCCUCGGUGCGCAUGGCCCAGAUCGUCGCAUUGACUGGUCUCGACGGCAUCAUCAUCGACUGCGAACACGGAAACAUCGGAGACGACUCAAUGCACAACGCCGUCGCCGCCAUCUCAGCCCUCGGAGUCUCUCCCGUAAUUCGCAUCCGCGGCCCUGCCCACGACAUCCUGAAGCGAGCUCUCGACACCGGUGCACAUGGCAUUAUGGUCCCGCAGAUCAACACUGCCGAAGAGGCUCAACAAAUCGUUGCAUCAGCCAAGUUCCCUCCCCAGGGUGUGCGCGGUCAAGGCUCUGCUUUCCCUGCCAUCGGCCACGGUCUUACAACUCCCGAGUACAUGAAGUCAGCCAACGAGACCAUCAUCACCAUGAUCCAGAUAGAGACGCGUGCAGGUGUUGAGAACGUCGAUGCCAUUUGCGCUGUUCCUGGCGUAGAUCUCGUCUUCAUUGGCCCUAAUGACCUUGCGCAGUCUCUUCUUGGGUAUACUCCUGCUCGUGGCGAUGAGCCUGAGUUUGUCGCUGCCGUGGAUAACAUUAUUGCUGCUGCGCGGAAGCAUGGGAAGUGGGCGGGUCGCAUGGUUAACAACGGUACUACGGCAAAGGAAGCUAGGGAGAGAUAUGAUAUGGUCGCCGUCACCGGUGACACAAAGGCUAUUCAGAACUGGUAUAUGGCAGAGUUUGAAAUUGCGCGGUCAUGA